GUAUCCGGACCUCAGCCAACACAACAAUCAUAUGGCCAAGGUCCUGACUCCUGCUAUGUACGAGCGGCUGAGGAGCAAACAGACACCCAGUGGAUUUACUCUGGAUGAUGUCAUUCAGACUGGGGUUGAUAACCCAGCUCUGAGAGUAUGGCCAAGCUGACCCUGAAGAGGAUGUCAGCAGAGGACGAGUUCCCAGAUCUCAGUCAGCACAACAACCAUAUGGCCAAGUUCUUAACCCUGGACAUGUACAAGAAGCUGAGAGAGCGGGCUACACCCAGCGGCUUCACCAUAGAUGGUGUCAUUCAGACAGGGGUUGAUAAUCCUGGCCACCCCUUCAUCAUGACCGUGGGCUGUGUUGCUGGAGACGAGGAGACGUACGAAGUCUUCAAAGAGCUGCUGGACCCCGUGAUCGAGGACAGACAUGGAGGAUACAAACCCUCAGACAAGCACAAGACCGACCUCAACUCAGACAACCUGAAGGGUGGUGACGAUCUCGACCCCAACUACGUUCUGAGCUCCCGUGUCCGAACAGGCCGCAGCAUCCGUGGCUUCUGUCUGCCCCCUCACUGCAGCCGAGGAGAGAGGCGCGCUGUGGAGAAGCUCUCCAUUGAAGCUCUGGCCUCCCUGAGCGGAGACCUGAAGGGGAAAUACUAUGCCUUGAAGAACAUGACAGAAGCAGAGCAGCAGCAGCUCAUCGACGACCACUUCCUGUUCGACAAACCAGUGUCUCCUCUGCUGUUGGCCUCAGGGAUGGCCCGCGACUGGCCCGACGCCAGGGGCAUCUGGCACAAUGACAACAAGACCUUCCUGGUGUGGGUGAAUGAGGAGGACCACCUGCGUGUUAUCUCCAUGCAGAAGGGCGGCAACAUGAAGGAGGUAUUCCAGCGCUUCUGCACCGGACUCACAAAGAUCGAGAGCCUGUUCAAGGAUAGAGGCCACGCUUUCAUGUGGAAUGAGCACCUGGGCUACGUCCUCACUUGCCCCUCCAACCUGGGUACAGGCCUGCGUGCAGGAGUGCACGUGAAGCUGCCCAACAUGAGCAAACACGCCAAGUUUGAGGAUGUUCUUAAGAAGCUGAGGCUGCAGAAACGUGGAACUGGUGGUGUGGACACAGCGGCUGUGGGCGGCGUGUUUGACAUUUCCAAUGCUGACAGACUGGGCUUCUCUGAGGUAGAGCUGGUGCAGAUGGUGGUUGAUGGAAUCAAGCUGCUGGUGGACAUGGAGAAGAGGCUGGAGAAGGGCCAGUCUAUCGAUGACCUCAUGCCCGCCCAGAAGUAAAGCAUCCCAGCACCCUCUUCCCUGCUCCGUCCCUCCCUUUUCCCCUUUCCCCCUUUUUCCAACUCCCAAAUGCCCUUUCCUUGCUCCUCUCCCCCUGAACGAAUGUCUGACUCUGUCCUGGAAUGCACUCUGUAUUACACAGUUUGGAUUUGUUAUGUAUUUAAGGCAAACGGCUCCUGUAAGGUGAGGAUGAAUCUGAAAUAAAAUAAAAAAUGUUCUGGUUCAA